GAUGCCAUCGCCUCUUGCCUCAACGACAACCCUGAAGCGCAUUCACCGCGAAGUCGUCGACCUCAAGAAGGAAGACCUGGGCAACAUAACACUUGGCCCGACCAGCGACAACUUGUUUCAGUGGAAAGCUACAAUCCCAGGGCCCGAAGGUAGUGUCUACGAGGGCGGAUUAUUCAAUGUAGAUAUCACUCUGGGUCAUGAUUAUCCAUUCUCUGCGCCACAUAUGACCUUUCGCACGCGUAUCUAUCACAUGAACAUCAACGAACGCGGAGGCAUAUGUAUUGACAUCCUCAAGCACAAUUGGUCACCCGCUCUAUCACUGUUCAAAGUGGUACUAUCACUAUCCUCGCUUCUUACAGAUCCCAAUCCAAGAGAUCCUCUAGUCCCGUCCAUUGCCACGGAGUUUGUAAAACAUCGCGAACAACAUGAUCGUACAGCCCGGCAAUGGACUCAACUCUAUGCACUUCCCCCGCCCCCUCCGGCGCCGCCAGUGACAACGAUCCCGAACUCCCAUGCUAAGGGGAAAACGCGAGCUUCUGCCACCCCCAUCGCCUCCCCUGCUCUCAACAGCGCACGUGCAACCGCGCGGGCGAUACCGAGCUCUUCAAGGCGAGACGAGCCGAUCGUGAUUGAAGAUUCUGACAGCGAGAGCGGGACCCCGUUGCGGACGACGACGAAGCGCAAACGAGGUCCGGAUGAAUUCGAAAUUACACCUGAGGCGAGUUCGCGAACUACCCGGAGACGAACUGGACGAGGAUCGGCUGCACCUGCUCCGCCAGAUUCGGAGGUCAUCGUCAUCGAAGACUAGGAGCCUAUAUCCACCGAGGCGACACCUUGGGCUGUGGCGGUCGUUUCGCACACCUAUUGUUUCUCCUCAUCACAAUUCCUUACACAUCAGCACACACCUUGUACACUGGGCGGCUAUUUUACUCUGAUGACACGCGAUGUAGGUUAAUGCAAACGGCCAUGGAAACGGCUGCAUGGUCCUGCUCUGGAACCAGCUCUGUGUUGGCUGCACAACAGAUGAAUGGACCAGACCGCGUCAAAAAGGAGCUGCAGAGAAACCCUGACCUUCUGCAGCGGCGAGUGCAGACGACAGAGAACCUUAUGUUUGACCUAGGUUGGUAGCGAGGGUGGAGUUCAGUGGGGCCCGUUUCGUCUGUUCGUAGAACGGCGCUAGCGGUCCGGGGUGCACGGGGACCCCCAACCUCUACCAUCCCCGGAGCCCCUGGCAGCACGUUAGCUGCCUUAGCUGAAAGAGGUCAAAGGCCGAUAGCACCUCUGUUUUUUCGCAGAGAUGCCGCGCCUCAACUGUCUCGUUGUGGUGCAAGAAAAGGCUCUACCACGAUGUCGUUGUGGUGCAAGAAAAGGCUCUACCACGAUGUCGUUGCGUCGCUUUGUACAACGGCGGCCUGAGACCCGAAGU